UUAGCUAGGCGGGUGCUGUGGGAGGCUUUGGCUUCCGAGGGCUGAAGACCUAAGACCUGGCUGCACCACUGGCUGAGUGGCUGAGGGCUUUUCUUCAUCAGAAUUAAAGGAAGCGCUGCUUCCCGAUCUCACGGGCUUGUGAAGAAGGCCCCCCUCACGUUCGGGGGAUAAAGCCUGGAUUGUGAAUUCAGUGGUUCAGGGAGAGCUCCCAGGGGAGGAAAAGCCCUGGACUAAUUAAGUCAGCAUUUGCUCCAGAACCUGGAGCCCUAAGCAGGGAAAGGGGAGGUGCGGUGCCCAGGGCCACACAUCCGGGGGACGUCACAGCCAGACACAAACUGAAAAGUCCCAAGGACUUGAGGCCAGCUCUCUGGGCCCGCCCGAGGCGGCCUCUUCAAGUGACCAGUGUGGCAGGCACGAGGACACGCGCGACCUCCCGGGCACGCCCGCCCCGCGGCGAUGGGAAGCGGCCGGCCUGGGCGGGCGGUGUGAGCAGCGACUUGACGGGCCUGGGCCUCCCUCGGUGAACACAAAGGCUCUACUUUGGAGGAGGCUUGCCUUAGGCUCCCACCAGCUCUCAGCGUCCGAGUUUGCUCCUCCCCCUCUUCCCCGGCGUCCCACGGCCCCGCGGACCUCAGCCCCGCCCCUCCGCAGCCGGGAGCGGGUGUUCCGGUACGGGGAGGGGGUUUCCGCUCCAAGCCGGAAGACCGUUAGCCAGGCUCCUUCUUCGGGCUCGCCUGGCGCUGGAAGGGCAGGCCAAAGUUAUGUCAGACAUGGAUUUAGACGCAGAAAGAGAGAAGAUCACAAAACAAAUCAAGAAUCUAGAAAGGAUUUUGGAUCCUAACAUUGCAACAAUUGAAGUCGUUGUCUCCGAUUCGAAUCUUGAUUCUAAUUCAGAAGGAGAUUCCCUGGGAGAUGAUGACUGGGAUGAACACGUUCCUAUGGAAGAAGAAAGCUGGGCAGAAAGCGAUGAAGAUGACUCAAAGGACCAAGCCCUUCCCAAAGACCCAGAGACCUGUUUACAGUUGAACAUGGUAUAUCAGGAAGUCCUUCAGGAGAAAAUAGCAGAAAUUGACUUACUGCUGGCUCAGAAUAAAGAACAACAGGAAGAAGUCAUGUGGGAUCUGGCUGGUUCCAAAACUCCAAAGACCAAAGAUGGAAAGAGCCUCCCUUCAAAUGUUUUUGUGGGUCAUUUUAUGAAACCGUACUUCAAGGAUAAAGUCACAGGAAUUGGACCUCCAGCCAAUGAAGAUACUCGGGAAAAGGCAACACAGGGCAUCAAGUCUUUUGAAGAACUGAUUGUGACCAAAUGGAAAACUUGGGAAAAGACUUUACUUAGGAAGUCAGUGAUGAGUGACCACCUGCAACGUUUGCUCCAACCCAAAUUGUUAAAGCUUGAAUACUUAAAUCAAAAACUUGAAAAAGUCAGUAACUCAAUGGAGAAGCAGAUCUUGGAGAAGCAAAUAAAGAACACUGAGAAGGAAAUUGAGGACAUCAAUCAGCUGCCAGAAGAGUCUUUGUUGGGAGAUAGACUGGAUGAGCGAGAUUGGGAGAAGAUCUCUAACAUUAAUUUUGAAGGCAGCCGAAGUGCUGAUGAGAUUAGGAAAUUCUGGCAGAACUGUGAACACCCAAGCAUCAAUAAGCAAGCAUGGGUUGAGGAAGAGACCAAGCGUCUGAAAGAGAUUGCGGCAAAAUACAAUUAUUUGGAGUGGCAGAAGAUCGCAGCAGAGCUGGGGACCAACCGGAGCGCCUUCCAGUGUCUCCAGAUGUACCAACAGUAUAACAAAGACUUGAAGCGGAAGGAGUGGACAAAAGAAGAAGACCACAUGCUCACACAACUAGUUGAGGAAAUGAGAGUUGGAAGCCACAUCCCUUAUCGGAAAAUUGUCUACUACAUGGAGGGUAGAGAUUCAAUGCAGUUGAUCUAUCGUUGGACCAAGAGCUUAAAUCCCAGUUUGAAGAAAGGAUUCUGGACUCCGGAAGAAGAUGCUAAAUUACUCCAAGCUGUUGCCAAAUAUGGAGAACGUGAUUGGUUUAAAAUUAGGGAAGAGGUGCCAGGUAGGAGUGAUGCCCAGUGUCGAGAUCGAUAUCUAAGAAGAUUACAUUUUAGCUUAAAGAAAGGAAGGUGGAAUGCAAAGGAAGAAGAAAAAUUAAUUGAAUUAAUAGAAAAAUAUGGUGCUGGUCACUGGGCAAAGAUAGCCUCUGAGUUGCCUCAUCGGACAGGCUCCCAAUGUCUGAGCAAGUGGAAAGCCUUGAUUAGGAAAAAGAAGCCCCGAAAACGGCAGAAGUCCAGGAAGAAAUACAGCUCCACCUCCUCUAGUAGUAGCAGCAGCAGCAGUGAGGAUGCUGAACUGGAGUGGCAUAAUGACCUGGAGAAGGAGAGAGAUGCCGAAGGGGCACCAAAGGCAUGCCAGUACACAGUGCCCAGCAUAGACAUGUGGGUGCCCACAAGACAGAGUCACACUGAGCUGUGGAAAGAUCCAAAAAGGGGCUAUCCCAGACUCUCCGCUAUUUCCCCCUGCCUUUCCAAAGCGUCUGUGUCCUCCAGAGUAGCCUCCAAAGAAGGCAGCAAGACAGUUCCAAAUGUAGCCGUGGCGAUGAGAAAGGACUCCAACUGGGACAAGAACACUUUGGACCACAGCACUGUCUCUAUGGACACAGAGUGCACACAUUCAGCUGAUGUUGGUCUGGAGAAGCCACAGGAAGGAUUAGAAGAGGCCUCUGCAACUGGAAAGCGUCUCCUAAAAGUUGCCCUGAAUGAUGUGAAGAAAGUGAUAAGGAUCAAUACCUGUUUGGAAUACCAGAAACUGAAAGAGAGGCUGAAGAAGACCCAUCUGUUCACCUCAUCUCUGGUAUCCAAAAUUGACGGUGGAAUGGCCAUCGAAAAAGUGGUGCAGGUAUGGCACAAAACUUUUCUGAAUAGGCAGCGGCAACAGAAGAUUGGCAUACAGAGGAAGAGGCUGGACCGCAAGCUCUUGAUGGCUGUGACUCCCUGGGUGGGUGAUGUCAUCAUUCCUUGUUGGAGUUCCAGGAAGGCUGUAACAGUGCGGACUCGAGCAGAAACCAUCAUGACAAAGUUGCAGACUAUCCAUCUGACAAGUACACCUGUAUUUACAUUGUUUAUUCAGUUGUUUCAGAUUGAUACUGAUGGCUGCAUGAAAGUGAUUGGAGAAAGGAAGUCCAAGCGGUCAGAGCUGCUCUUGGCUAUUAGUGGAAAUCCACAGCGACCUCAGCAGGCAUCCUCCACUUUACAGAAAUCUUCAGGCUGCCUGCUGAUGAAGGGCAAAGAAACCCAAAGGAAAUCUAUUGCUUCUAAGAUGAAAGAUUUGCCAGAGGCUGGCCAUCUAGGGCCAGUGGUGUUACCGCCUUCUUUAGGCCCCAAACCAAAGCCGAAGACUGUCUCAGAACUCCUGAGGGAGAAGCGGCUAAGGGAAUCCCGAGCCAGUAAGGCCUUGGAGAACACAGUGAUCCUUGCCCCUCAGGUGCUGAUCACCCCACCUGUGAUCCUUCAGCAACCUCUGCAACCACUUCUCCCUUCCACUCUUGCCACGGCCCAGCCACUGGGAUCAGGGUCAGCUGGGAAGCCAGUAGCCACGGCUUCAAGCCCAGCAGCCACAUUCCAAACACCUUCCCCCAUCAUAGCUUCCACCAAGUCCCCUGAAAAAAAUUCUAUCACAAAUAACUCUGGCUCCUCCCAGGGUAAUGAGGUCAUUGUUGAAGAGAAAGUAAAUAAAACAGAUGGGACCUCUGCCCCCCAGGUGCUUGCCUCAGGCCAAUCUUCCUCAUUGAUGGGGGCUGAAGGGCACUCUGCUUCUAGCAAGAGCCCAGUCCCUGGAAGAGCAGCUAAUCCAGCCCUUGGAGUAAGCCAGAUUUCUACCAGCUCAGAGCCAGCUAGUGUCCUGUCUUCUCAAGUCACUACCACCUCAGGGAAGCAGGAACUGCCCAAGGUACCUCCUUUUCUUGCUCCAGCUCAAGUCUCUAUGCAGCAGCCCAAACCCAUUAGCCUGGUGCCUACCCUUUCAGUUCCUACCUGUGGCCCACAAGUUAUCUCCAGCAACAUUUUGCCUAUUACAUGGGUUGUUACUGCACAAGGGCUCGUCCCUAUGUCCAUGUCAACCUUUGUAGGCCUCCCUGCACCAGGCAAGCCAGCUGGAACUCCUGUGCUCCCCAUCCUUGGAGGAGUGGCCAGGAGUCAGACUAAUCUGAAGCUAUUACCUUCAUCAGCAGUCGAGCAGAGCCCUAGGGCCCCUGAACCAAGUCCCACUUUAGCCAAAAGGCCACUUAUUGCCAAUAAAACUCUUAAAGGAGACCUGGCCUCAGGAACUUAUGGAGCAAACCUUCCAACACAACUUCCCACCACAGCUUCAUCAGAUACAGGAAAUCACUCAGAAAAAACCAGUCUUCCUGGAGAUGAACCUUCUCCCAGAGAAGUGAGGACAGCUGGAGAGAUAUCUGCAGCUUCUCCCCAGCCUGAAACACAGUCCCAGACCGAGAACCCCACAAGUCAACCAAGGGGUAUGCCCACCCUAGAAGCAGAGAGCCCAGGUGGAGUGAAUACAGGAGGCCAGGAUCCCGUGGAGACAAAAGACAAUAUUCCUGUUCAGAAUGGCAGUCCUGAGAAAUCAUUUCCCACCCCAACGGGUUCACCUAAACCCAUUACCCAGCCACAAGAAGGAGUGGAUGCCCAGGACAAUCAGCCCAAAGCCCUAGAGCCUGGGAAAAGCGUUCUGGACCUGAGCCUCCUAUCAUUGGAGAGCGAGGCUUCUGUAAGGGAGUGGCUCAAAGGAAAGCAAGGCGUCUGCUUGCCCCCGCUUCAGAGCACACUGCCUUACCUGCCUCCCUUUCUGUGCAAUCUAAAGACCUUGUCAGGGCUUCUGCUCCAAAAGAAAUCCCUGGAGCAAAGAGCCGCUACCAUAGUGGCACAGGGAAGAGUCCAGGACAAGAAUGACGUGUCCAGACAGGACAUUCAGGCAGCUCGGCAUCUAGUGCAGCAGCAACUUAAGGAGAACCCUGCAUACCUCCUCCUGAAAGCCAGGUUUUUGGCAGCUUUUGCCCUUCCAGCUUUUCUUGCCACUCUUCCCCCGCCUAGGGUCUCAACCACCAUUUCACGGACCAUGGACAGAAACAGUGAGAGUGAGGAGGAAAAAGAGGAAGAGCCAGAGGAGGAGUGCUUGCAGUCAGAGAGAAGGUCCAAAGACAGCGAUUGUGGUGGGAAGGAACAGCUGGCAAACACAGCUGGAGAUACCCAGUCCACUCCAGAGACCACAUCCUCUAUCCAAGGCUCUCCCAAUCCUGUCCCACAUGCCAUAUCCAGUACUUUAGAUGCUGCGGACUUCAAUGUGCUGAAGACCAGAAAUGCCAUGCAUGCCAGGAAGCGGAGAAGGAAGGUGUGAAGAGGAGGCUGGAGACCUUGGCUUUUGCUGAAGGCAUUGUCUAAAGGUGUGGAAACAGCUGGAUGAAAGCAUCCUUGGGAGCCCCUGCACGUUCUUCUAUUGCAGGAUUCCUGGCCAUGAAAACUGCUUCUGGAGCCGAGGAAAUCUUAAACUUGCUUAAAACCAACUGACCUUGCAGAAAUUAAAAAAAAAAGUCAAGAAACCAUGAAGGAUAAGAAAGCCUCUUUGUCAUGAAGGCUUCCUCUGUACAGACAGUAUUGAGUCAACACUUCUCACAUAGCUCCUCACUGAAGACCAAUUAUCACACUAACCACCCUGGAUUAUCACUCAUACUGUAAACCUUAGAAAUUGGACUCUUCUGCAAAAGGCUCAUGCCACUGCUUUGUUGCACUAGAAUAAGGGGAGGAGGGGGCCUAGGGGGGCUUUGGGAUAGGGAGGAGGAGGAAGAGAGAAAUAGGAAGUUAUUUAUUUUUGCUGUCAAAGCUUUAUUUUGUGUGAUCACUUGAUUCUGGAUCAGAAGAGGUGACUGGGAUUCUCAGUCAUUCCACCUUCAGUGAUGUUGGUAAUGAAUAGUCCCUUGGCUGCUUUGAAGAGAUAACACUUCUUUAACUGGAGGGUUUAUUUUUUUAUGCAAAUAACAAGUCUAAAUGUUUGGAGGGAAAGAUAUAAAUAUUUAUGUGUGUGUGUGUAUGUGUAUAGAUGCUAGAUGUUCUAUUUUUCAUUAAAAAAAAACCUUUAGCUUUAUUUUCUCAAGGGUAUACUAUGAAUAUACAUACACUCUCAGGUUCAGCCCCACUCUUGUCAAUAUUACAUAAAUUACAUAAUUACAAAAUUACAUAAAGGCCUUAGGCUGAUGCUAAAGACCUGCCAUACUUUCCAGUCAAUCACAUACAUGUGAAAUGGCUAAAUCUGAAAGCUAGAAGGGUCAUGGGUGUGAAUCUUGACUCUGUCAUUUCCUACCUGUGGAAUCUUGGGUAGAGCUGUAACCAGGAAAUUUUUCUUCUGAUGCCAAACCAGUUAGGAGUGGGGACAGAUCAGGAGGGUGGAGGAGAGAGGUGCAUGCACCAUGAAUAUCAGUUUGAUAGGGUUGGACAGUAAUACUGGUACAGAGAAAACGGUCUAGCAGACAGUGGAUGGGUUAUGUGCAUAAAGGACAGUCCAGCCCUCUGAGUCCUGCCACUGUCUCUGAAAGGUUUGGUGGUAAUAAUGAGCCCUGAGAAAGGAACAUGCAUGGCGGUUCAUGCCUACCCUCUGUCCUCUGUCCCCUGUUAAAGACCUGGUACAAAGCUUCAGUUACUUUCCCUUGUUAUAGCUCUGAUCUUUUACAAGACAUUUAAUGACUCUGGGCCUCAGUUUUUUCAUCUGUUAAGAAUAGGGAAGAAUAAUACUUGCAUUGCCUACCUCACAGGGCUUUUGUAGGGAAAGUGUUUUGUAAACUUUAAAACUGUAUAAAUGCCAGUUAUCUGUAAAAUAAGUGUUAAGAUUAGAUCAGAGGUGUCAAAUAUGUUGCCCAUAACACUACCAGGUGCAGCUAAAAUCAGAUGAAAAUGUGAUCAGGAAUAUUUAACAAAAUAAAUAAAAGUACAAUAAAACAUAGAUAACAUUACAUUUUAAAAUUAAGUUAAGGAAUCUCUGUGUAUGGAGUAGUUUGACACCACUGAACUUGAUUUCCAAAGUGUCUUCUAGUGCUGAAACCUGUAACUAAUAUUUGGUCUGGGUCCUUGUCUUCAUAUACAUAAAUGACUAGCCGUUCUGAA